AUGGCGCGAAACGUGCGUGGAAUCUGUAUAAUAUCACUAUGGGCUCUUGUCUUCCACCUAGGUGCCGUUUCGGCCCUGGUGAAAACUCGGCCCGAGCAGCACCAUGUGACCAGCGGCGCCGACCACUCCAGUGCCGCGAUCCUCGUCGGUGAUUCGGGAGGCCAGGAACACGAUGGCUCCGCGGACCAAAGCGCAGAAAAGCCGAAAAGCUCCGGCAAGACGAUGCUCAAGAACCACACCAAGAUGCGAAACCACCUCGUGAGUGAGAACCUGACAGGCAUGAAGGUGGGUUUGUACAGCAGCACCUUUUACAAGAACGGCGGUGCCGCUAUGCUCGGCAUGGCAGUGGUCGGUGCGUGCGUGGGCGUCGCGACGUCCCUAUUCUUUGGCUUCUGUUCCAUGAACACCAUGGCGUUCGUAGGACCAAUGAUGUCCCUGUUCGUCGCUGCAGUGCUGAUGGGAAAACGGUACGUUAAACGGUGUGAACCAAGAUGGCCACGCAGCGGCGUCCUGCUCGGAUCAUUCGGAGGUCUCUGCGCAGGGCUACCAAUAGGGAGCACCAUGCAGAGCCAUGAGGUCGGCUUGUCACUCGGCGCCAUCAUCGGUCUGCUGAUCGGCGGCAUUGUGGGCUUAUGCCCCUUCUUCCGCUCCCUAGACAUGAACCAGCGCUACAUAAACAAGGAGAACGAGUACGAGAGAAUUGCGAUGGACCUGUUAGACUUCAUCGCAUCGCGCGAUGUGCUAAAGGGCGACAAGGCUGUGUCGGAGUCCGCUCAGGCCUCGCCUUACCGGGACUACGAAACACGUUGGAAGGAGCUCAAGCGCGUCAUCCGCGCCGAGAACGCGAAAAAGAAGCCGUGCAGCGUCACGUUAAAACGUGCGACUGACGAGCUUCGGGAUAUCAGGCGCCAUCUAUUGCGUGAGGACGCCCGCCAAAGUGGCAGGCCGCAGCCGGUUUCGUGUCUGGGAAAUACUGCACAGCGUAUCAACCCCGCGGAAUACACGGACUGGUCGGAAGCACCGCGAAUCCGUCAGAGAAAUCGCAACAGCCGCCGUUUCGUGUUCUACAUGCCCGCAGGCAAGGAGAUGGGCACCGACGUAACGAUUGGCCGCGAACGCCUAGAGAAAAUACAAGAAACCGUGAACAAGCGCUCAUACGGACCGCUUGAAAACGGCCCCAAGAUGUCGAUUGCCGGGAUCCCGCAGCCCAUGGACCGGAUGAACCGCCGGAGGCGGUGA